GCCUGCCAGUCGUUCGCCGACAGGCAUCGCGCCUCUCGACCGUUUAGUGGCUGGGCAAGUCAACUCGCGCAAGUACUUGACAGAAAACAAAGUAACGUAAAGUGUUCAAGACUCAAGUUAUAAACAUGGCGUAUUCCUGGGAUAACAGAGUCGCUUUUGUGGUGCGAUACCUUUACGAUAUCGACAACAACGGCUACCUGGAUGCCCACGAUUUCCACUGCCUCGCGCUACGAACUUGUGUGCUCGAAGGCAAAGGCGACUGCAGUGCCACCCGCCUCCAGAAGUACCAGCACAUCAUGUUAAGCCUGUGGGAGGAGAUCGCGCAAUUGGCAGACUUCGACAAGGUGCCAGACUAUGAUGGCGUGGUAACGGUUGAGGAAUUUAAAAAUGCAGUCCAAAAUAGCUGUAUAGGACGAAAGUAUGAAGAUUUUCCACAGGCUUUAAAAGCUUUCAUAGAGACAAACUUCAGGAUGAUCGACAUUAAUACAGAUGGGAUCAUCGGCAUCGAGGAGUUUAGAUACGACUGCGUACAGAGAAUGGUAGUUGAAGACAUCAAAGAAAUAGAUGAAGCAUUCAAUUCGUUGUUAAAUGACGAUGAUAGAAGAAAAGGUGGCAUCGCAAUCUCGAGGUAUCAGGAGCUCUUCGCGCAGUUCCUUAGCGACAAGAGCGAAGACUGCCCCGCCAAACUGCUCUUCGGACCUUUACAAUUAUAAGCCUCACCUCACUUCAUAGACUAAAAGGAAAAAGAUAGACCGACAAACCUGUUAAACAGAAAAUAUAUAUAUUAAAAUAAUACAUAACA